AUGGGAGUGAAGGAAGACUCUAACAUGGCUGAUCGAAAAGACCAAGAGAUGGGAAUGGACAAACAAUUUCUUGCUUCUCCUAUAAAGUCUGCUGUGGACAAAUAUCAACUUCUUCCCGAGUUCUUGAAGGUGAGAGGGUUGGUGAAGCAACACUUGGACUCCUUUAAUUAUUUUGUUAGGACUGGGAUUAAAAAGAUUGUCCGUGCUAACGAUUUAGUCACAUCUAAGAUCGACCCAAGUAUUUACCUCAGAUACAAAGAUGUUUGGAUCGGGGAGCCUGCAAUGAUGGUCGAUGUUGUGACUGAAAAGCUUACUCCACAUAGAUGUCGGUUGUCUGACAUUACGUAUGCUGCUCCAAUAUAUGUUAAUAUCGAGUAUAUUACAGGAAGUCAUGGUCUAAAAACUCCUCCCCAGUUUAAGAACAAAGUAGUUAUUGGACGCAUGCCUGUCAUGUUGAGAAGUUGUUGUUGUGUCUUGUACGGGAAGGAUGAAGAUGAGCUGGCAAGACUCGGUGAAUGCCCACUUGAUCCGGGAGGAUAUUUCAUCAUCAAAGGAACUGAAAAGGUGAUUUUAAUACAAGAACAGCUUUCAAAGAACAGAAUAAUUAUUGAUACAGAUAAGAAGGGGUGUAUACAAGCAUCCGUUACAAGCAGCACAGAGGCAACAAAAAGUAAAACAGUUAUAAAAAUGGAGAAAGAGAAGAUAUACUUAUAUCUUAAUCAAUUUGCUACUAAGAUUCCCAUCAUGGUGGUCAUGAAGGCUAUGGGUAUGGAGAGUGAUCAAGAGGUUGUGCAAAUGGUUGGAAGAGAUCCUCGAUAUGGUGCAUUACUUUUGCCAUCUAUUGAGGUAAAUUGUAUGGUCAAGAGUCAGAGAUUCUUAAGGAAUAUUUUUGCUCCAAUUAUCUUGGGAGAUUUUGAUGAAGAUUAAUUAAAGUUUUUGCUAUUAACUUCUUAUAGUCCAACAUUCCUUUGAUUCCUUUGCCAGCUAUGUAGGGUUGGCAGUGGGAAAAUUCCACACUUCUGCUGUAGCCAACUUCUGGAAACCUUAAACCAAGUUGUGUAUGAUUGGGGUACCUUUUCUGCUCAUGGAGUUUAGAGCCAUGCACAAUGAUAAUUGCUGCUUCUACUGAUAUUCUUUUCUUACCAUAUAAAGAAGGCAAAACUAUCUUGUUGAAAACAUUUUUUCAGCUCAUCCCUUCCGUUAAGCUUUGGGUUUCCCCCAGUACAUCUGUUUGAUAAAUCUAUUUACAGUUUUGAAGAGUUGUGUGAUGUUCAUUCUCAUCAUGCAAGAAAUUGUUUAAAGCGCAUAUAGGAAUAUAUGAUAGUGUGGGACAUCUGUUACUCUUAACAUAAUAGUGUGUGGGACAUCUAUUACUCUGACAUAAUAGUUCUGACCUUUCCUUUUCUUUUUUUGGUUUUUGUUGAAGUACAUUUAACCAUGUCAAUUUCAGUCUUUUGGUGAUAUUCUGUUGCUAAAUGUGAUACCUAGUUUGUUUAUUUGGUCAAAUUUAUUUAUUUAUUUUUGAUAGGAAACUGUGGAAUAUUAUUUAUAUCAAAAUAAAAAGUACAUGUGAGAACAAGGAGUCCGCAAAAUAAAAAAGAAGGAAAAAGAAAACUAUAGAGUUAACUUAGAAUACAAAACAAGACAUUCCAUCCCCAACAAUCGGAACACACUUGGACCCAAUCAUCCUUGAUAAAAAAGAACGGUGUCCCUUCAAAAUCUUUAGCUAUGGCAGCCAAAAGAAAAGCCAUGAAACUGUUUUUUUCCAUAACUCUUGCCAAGGAAUCUCUCUGUGUUCAAAAAAUUUGACCAUUUCUUUCCAACAACACCACUGAAAACAAAGAUAGUAUUUUUUCCUAUAACUCUUGCUAAGGAGUCUUUCUGUCUUAAAAAAUUUAAUCCCAUACACACCACUCAAAACAAAGUUAAAACCACACAAUUCAAUAGAGUCUUAGCUUUAUUACUGACCCAAUCCUUCAAAAUGAAUCUCAAAAAUCGAAGCACAUUCUUUAGGACACACCCACAGAACUCCAAACAUACCUAUAAGCAUAUUCCAAAAAUUUUUGGUGCGAGAACAAUGUGAAAAUAAAUGAUCCAAACAUUCCUCGUCAUUUGAGCUGGUUUAUUUUAAUUUUAUCUUUGGGAGUUUUUGUUUUAUAUUAGUGCAUCAUCUAUGUUCUUGUAGUUUGCAGUUUCUAGUUUCUCUUAAUUAAACAAAGUCUUUACUGGUUAGUAUAUAAAGUAGUAUGCUUCUAGAAAGGUUAUUUCUUGUGUUUUCAGUUUCCUAGGUCCUAUGCAAUGGGCCUUAUGGGGGAAAAAUGGGAUGGGAAGUUUUGGAUCCAUAAGUAAAUUUAGUGGGCUUCCUUUUUGUUCUCGUGAAAUGAACAUUUCCUUGCAGACUUGAGGGGUAUUUGUGGAUCAUUUAAGAUAGACUUUGAGAUGUUACUGCUGGAAGGAUUUUUUGGAUAUUCCGUAGAGGAAAGAAUUUUGGUUGCUUGUGGAUGAGUAGAUUAGAAGCUGUUCAUCAUCUAGUUUUCUUUGCUCAUCUGUGCAAAUAGGG